GUAUAAAACACCAGCCUACUUUCUUCUCAGUUUAUUAGUUGCAUGCAUGCUGAAACUAGAGGUGCUGAGGACAGUGGGCAUUCACGGAUUAUAGUUUGCCCUGGAUCUCGUAAAUAAACGCUGAUUGUCAAGAUGGAAACGUCCAAUGUCACACUUUUUGAUCCGCGAUGCAGGCAAGAGGCUCCGUACACUAUGGAGGUUCUUAUGCAGCUGGAUAUCUUUGGCAUUGUCCUUUUCUCUUUGCUGACUUUUAUGGCCACGGUGUCCAUGCUGGUUUUCAUUGAAGAAUGCGUCUACAUCUAUAAGAAAGUACCUCCAAAUAAGAAAGCCGUAAUCAUCUGGGUAACCGGAGGAGCACCGGUCAUUGCUACCACAUCUUGUUUGGGCAUGUGGGUUCCAAGGGCCACAAUGUUCACUGAUAUGACAUCAACCUCAUACUUUGCAAUUGUGAUGUUCAAGUUCCUGAUUCUCAUGAUUGAAGAGGUCGGAGGAGACAAAGCAUUUCUCAAACACUCAGAGAAUAAGUCAUUUAAGAUCAGCACAGGACCUUGCUGUUGCUGCUGCCCGUGUCUGCCAGACGUCCCCGUCACACCACGAUCUCUGUUCAUACUGAAGCUGGGGUCUUACCAGUUUGCAUUGCUGAAAUUUCUGUUAAGCAUCCUUUCUAUAGUCCUCUGGACAAAUGGCAACUUCAGUUUAGGUGAGAUGUCAUCCAGUGGCGCAGCCAUAUGGAUAAACUGCUCUAUAGGCGUUAUCAUGAUUAUCGCCCUUUGGCCUGUUGCAAUCAUGUUCAUGCAUGUGCGAGUGGCAUUACGCACCCUUAAAAUAAUCCCGAAAUAUGCCAUGUAUCAGUUGGUGCUGAUUCUCAGCCAGCUGCAGACUGCUAUCAUCAACAUACUGGCAAUGAAUGGGACUAUUGCCUGCGCUCCACCCUACCCAUCCCAGUCCCGUGGAUACUUAAUGAGCCAGCAGCUGUUGAUCGUGGAGAUGUUCAUCAUCACGCUGGUGACCCGUGGUUUAUAUAGACGUCAGUAUGACCCCAUACCAGAACUGGAUGAUGCUGAGGAGACAAAGAUUGUCUUAACCUCAAAAACACCCGUCAAUACUGCCUGAGAAGAGGAGACUGUUGUGUGUUUGAGGCUGGUUUGUUGAAAAAAAGUAAUUUGUGAACAAUGGCGAUCAUUAACUUCGUAUUUUCUAUAUAUGUAUGUAUAUUCUAUUAUCUAACAUUGUGCCAGAUCUGUUUUUUAUUGACGUUACUGUGAAUUAUUGGAAUGCAGAAUUUGACUGUAGAGCCAUUCAACCAUGGCUUUGAUGGCUCUGAUAUUGAUGUUUACACUUUAUGUUGGGUACGUCAAUCUGGAGAAUCAGGAAUACAAGGGAUUAGUCGAUCUUGUGAGUCAUGGUGCACAAUUCUGAUGAAUUGAGAUAAAAUGAUUUCUAUGGCUUGAUAAUAGGCUGCAUAAAGGACUUUUGGAAUUGUAUAAAGAUCAGGAAUCAUUUAUGUUGCUAAAUUUUAUGGUAAUAUAAACUCAUUGUACUGUAAAGUCUGUCACCUCCUAUCGUCGAAUACAGAUUUUUCCAGUAAUCAUGUCA